AUGGGAACUGGAUGGUUGCUUCGCUCUAUAAUCUGUCUAAAAGGAACAAAACAGAACAAAUCAAAUCAAGGCAACGUACAUUCUGAAACAUCAAACCGCGUCAAACCGAUCGAAUCAAGCUCUGCUUCCACUACGCUUACCCAAGAAAUCGCUGUUAUUCGCAUUCAAAAGGCUUUUCGAGCACACAAGGCGAGAAAAAGACUAUCGAGCUUGAAAUGCGCAAAGAGAUUCAACUCAUUGAUCCAAAGCCAUACGGUGAGGAACCAAACUUCGACUGCACUCAAUGUAAUGCAUUCUUGGUGCGAUAUACAGAGUCAGAUCAGAGCAAGACGUUUGUAUAUGGUGACACAAGGUAGACUCCAUCACAAAAGAUUAGAGAAUCGUUUGAAACUCGAGAUCAAGCUUCAAGAGGUAGAAGUUGAAUGGUGUGGAGGAUCUGAAACAAUGGAGGAGAUUCUCGCGAGGAUACAACAGAGAGAAGAAGCUACUGUGAAACGUGAACGAGCACUGGCUUAUGCUUUCUCUCAUCAGUGGAGAGCUAAUGCUACACAGUAUCUAGGUCAAGCUUCGUUUAACCUAGACAAAGAGAACUGGGGAUGGAGUUGGAAAGAACGGUGGAUUUCGGCUCGACCUUGGGAGAUUAGGGCUCAAUGCCAAGUCACUAAACCGAUCAAACCAGCUACAAAAUCGGAGAAAUUAUCACCCAAUGUGAUCACAAAGAAGCCCUGUGCUAAACCGGGUUUACCAAAGACCAGCAAAAUCCAAAAAGCCUAA